CUGCUAGGCGUUAGCGCCCUCGGUCCAUAGGAAUAACACUGGGAAGCUUCAGCGAUGACACUGUAGCUGAAGUCGCAUUCAUUUUUAAUGAGGAACAGACACUUAUAACUACGCUCAGUGUUGCUAAUCGUGAUAUUUCCUUGGGCAGCUGCCGUUUAAUCUACAGGACUAUGCCUCGCGCAUAUUUGCUUUGAGUGUCAUUGUUCAAAACUCAGAUUUAAGUUAACUUAAGCUAACCUAGCUGAGUUAGCAGCGGCGCUGUGGCUAACCUUAGCAGGCCUCGGUAAAAUGGUAACAGGCCCCUGUCAGACACUGUGAAGCCUCGGGCUGUCGUGAUGUCGGAGCCCAAGGCGCCCACUCCGACACCGGGGGACACGUACAAAGGCUGGCUCUUCAAGUGGACGAACUACAUCAAAGGAUACCAAAGACGAUGGUUCGUCUUGAGCAACGGUUUACUGUCUUACUACAGGACCCAGGCAGAGAUGGGCCACACGUGUCGGGGCACAAUAAACCUGGCAACGGCCAACAUCGCUGUGGAGGACUCGUGCAACUUUGUCAUCUCCAAUGGUGGUGCCCAGACAUACCACCUGAAGGCCAGCUCAGAGGUGGAGCGCCAGCGCUGGAUCACGGCUCUGGAGCUGGCCAAGGCAAAGGCUGUGCGCAUGCAGGCUGAGUCAGAUGAUUCUGGGGAUGAGUGCUCCACCUCCCCACCCUCGGGGGGACAGGGUAUAGGGGCACGAAACUCAGAGGUACAGUCCACUCUCCGAACCCUGGGCAGCAAGGUGGAGGACUUGAGCACCUGCAACGACCUCAUUGCUAAACACGGUUCAGCACUUCAGAGGUCCUUGUCUGAGCUGGAGGGCGUUAAGCUGGGCGGGGACACAAGCGAUAAGAUUCGUCAGGUUACAGAAAGAGCCACGCUGUUCCGCAUCACCUCCAAUGCCAUGAUCAAUGCCUGCCGGGACUUCCUGGCCUUGGCACAGGCUCACAGCAAGCGCUGGCAGAAGGCUUUACAGGCCGAGAGAGAGCAAAGGGUUCGUUUGGAGGAGACAUUGGAGCAGCUCGCCAAGCAGCACAACCACCUAGAGAGAGCUUUCAGAGGAGCCACUGUGCUGCCUGCAUCCCAGAGCAAUCCCACUGCAGACAGCAAAGGUUCGGGUCCUGGAAAAGGCGACGCCAGCGAUGAUGAUGAGAAUGAGUUUUUCGAUGCAUGCGAAGAUGUGCAAGAGUUUAUCACCAUUCCAGCUGACCCCAAAUACCACAGGAGGUCCGGCAGCAACGUCAGUGGAAUCAGCAGCGAAAUAGGAAUGGACGAUGGGACGACAUCGCUGGACGAGCAGUCUUUGGCAUCCAAUCCGGAGUCUCCUCAAUCACAGGAGGUGGAGCCUGUGAGGAAGAGACGAACUCGAAUCCCAGACAAACCCAACUACUCGCUCAAUCUCUGGAGCAUUAUGAAGAACUGUAUUGGGAAAGAGCUCUCCAAAAUCCCAAUGCCUGUGAACUUCAACGAGCCCAUUUCUAUGCUGCAGCGUCUGUCGGAAGACCUGGAAUACUCAGAGCUACUCGACCGUGCCGCCAAGUGCCAGAGCUCCCUGGAGCAGAUGUGCUACGUGGCUGCAUUCACUGUCUCCUCCUACUCUACCACGGUGCACCGCACAGGCAAGCCCUUCAACCCGCUGCUGGGAGAGACCUUUGAGCUGGACCGCCUACAGGAGAGCGGUUACAGGUCUCUCUGUGAACAGGUUAGUCAUCAUCCUCCAGCAGCAGCGCAUCAUGUCAUCUCUGAGCGAGGCUGGACCCUGAGGCAGGAGAUCACUGUGGCUAGCAAGUUCCGGGGCAAAUACCUCUCAAUCAUGCCCCUUGGGACUAUUCAUUGUAUAUUUGAGAAGAGUAACAAUCACUAUACCUGGAAGAAAGUGACCACCACAGUGCAUAAUAUCAUUGUAGGGAAGCUAUGGAUAGACCAGUCUGGGGAGAUAGAUGUGAUAAACCAUAGAACAGGUGAUCGCUGCCACCUUAAAUUUGCUCCAUACAGUUACUUCUCCAGAGAUGUGGCCAGAAAGGUGACUGGAGUGGUGACGGAUAAGGAUGGGAAGGCUCACUAUGUGCUGUCAGGAACAUGGGAUGAAAAGAUGGAGUGUUCGCGUGUGAUGCAGAGCAGCAGAGGAGGAGAGAACGGCAUGGAGGGACGUCAGAAAACGGUCUACCAGACGCUCAAAGCCCGUGAGCUGUGGAGGAAAACGCCACUGCCGGAGAGUGCUGAGACCAUGUACUAUUUCUCAUCCCUGGCACUGACCCUGAAUGAGCACGAGGAGGGCGUAGCACCCACAGACAGCCGGCGGCGGCCAGACCAGCGGCUGAUGGAGCAAGGAAUGUGGGACGAAGCCAAUGCUGAGAAGCAGCGACUGGAGGAGAAGCAGCGUAGCGUGCGCAGGGAGAGAGAGAGGGAGGCUGCCCGACUGGCCAGCACUGCUGAAGAGGCUGUCAUUGAGGACUCCAUAACUGACUCGCCUCUAAAAAGUGUUCCCCAGGACAACUAUAAGGCCUUGUGGUUUGAGCAUCAUGAAGACCCAGUAACUGGAGAGCCCACACACAUCUAUAAAGGGGGAUAUUGGGAGACCAAGGAGCAAGGCAACUGGGACAUCUGCCCUGACAUCUUCUGAUCCAAAUAAUUCACAUCUCCAGCUGUGGAGAGGACUACCCAAAAGAAAAAAAAUGCAGCGAACUGCUCUCCUUUCCCUCAUCUGUCUUUGCCAGGGCAUACUGGACAUUCAUGAUUCAUUUAUCCUGUAUUCAUGUCACUCGUAACUUCCAUAAUCUCACUUUCUCUCUUAGUCAGCUGGUCAGUUGUUCAGUUGAUCUUUUUCUCUCUUUAAUAACUUUUCCCUUAGUCAAUAGAUAGAAUAGUGGUGGGCACCAAAACAGGAAUUUGAGACAACAGACGGGUGUUCAGGACUGGUAAUAGGCCUUCAACCGUUUGUUUGCCUAGCCUAAUCCUCUGUUCUCUUAACAUCUGUUCUUGCCUUCCUGUCCUCCUGCCAUUUUCGUCCUCACAUAAGGGAAGGGAUGCUCUCAUUCUCCAGUUGGCAGAAAAGCAUCAAACCCUUUUACUCUGCAGUCCAGUGAGUGAGUGAGUGGUCCCGCUGCGCCUUCACUAAAAAGCCCCUGCACCCCACACGUCUUCCGUAGUGUGGAAAUAUGAAGGGGUUGAGGAGGUGUGUGGUCUGUUGUGUGCGAGAGAGUGCUAAAUAUGAUGUGUUGAUUUGCGAUUGCAUAUGUAUGUGAAGAGAGUUGACAUUGGCUUGUGACUCUCUGGUCAUUACCCAUCUCUUUUGGCACUUAAGAUUACAGGCACAGUUCUGUGUUCAUGUCUCAGUUCCUCACCAAUAUGGGGACAAUAUUCUCUUGGCUCUUUGGCCACUUAGGGCUGCACAAUAUGGACGAAAUUCUAGUCUUGCAUUUGCAAUGCGACUAAAGAACACGUGAAGACUCUGCAUUCAUCAAAACACCCAGAGACAAAAGGAACAUGUAUGAUUUGGUGAGAAGGCUUAUUUGCAUAUUGCAGUUAGGGAUGUGUGUUCGAGUACUCGAGUUAAACGUUCGAGACGUCAGUAUUUGAGUACUGAAAUCACCAUUCGGGUAUUUAUUGGUUUCUUCUGUUUUAUGUCUAAACAGGGCUGUGAAAUUCUGUGUGACUUUAUUAUAUUACACUUUCCUGCUCUGAAGAACAAGUUCCCUAAUGUGAGCCUGUUGCCAAUGAAGGGUUGUUAAGGUUAUUUAAGUUUUGGUGCUCCUGCGUUUCUCCAGAUAUCCCUUCAUUAACAGAUCCAAAUUUGUCCAAGUGCACAUCCAUAACUGCAGCCCUCUACAACAUCAGUAUUGCCAAGGCCAGUAUCUGGAUAGGCUGUUUUGUGAUGUUACUGUUGUCCUCCACAGUGGGCUGGUAAUGAGUGUUUGGGGAAAAAAGUGUCUGAAUGUGUUAAGAAGCCUGUGGGUGAGGAUAAUCUGAAGUUUAAAUAUGUGGAUGAUUGCCGCACUUGAAUAUAAUUGCAGAUCAGCCAUUAUGUACUGCAAAACUAGUGCCUGCAUGUGUAGCAGCACAACACGAACAAAAUACUAUACUGCGGUCGUGUAGACAUGUAAAGAAAUCUGAAAUUACAAUGCAAUAUAUUAAAAAAAACACUGCUGAUUGGCCUGCAUAAUGACAGUACUGCAAAACUCUUCCUUUAUUGAAUGCCCAUUAAGUACACGUUAUUCCUGAUUCCUGAUGCUGAUUUAGCAUUUUUUGCUUCUCAAAAUCCCAGACACAUUCGGUGAUGUUGAGGUCUGGACUCAUUGGUCCUUUAAGACCCUCCUUUAUUUGAUUUUUCCUUGUCUCAGUAAUGGCUUCUUGACAGCUACACAUUCUCUCUGGCCAAUAGCACCAAGUAGACUUCUCACAGUGUUUGCUAGAGUUGAAUUUUUUUUUUUUUUUUUUUUUUUUUUUUUCUUCUCCUUUCUUAUUGAAACUCCUCUGAGAUUGGUCAGGAUGCUCACAGCACACAAUAAAACCUUUAGAAAGAUUGCUUAGAGGCUUAUUUACAUAGCUCCCUUUUGACAUGGCUGUGUUGUAAAGGCCAAUAUUGCAGUAAUGCUUAACUGAUUCUAUAUUGUGCAGCCCUAAUGUAUGCACUGUUACAUGAAUAAUAAUGUCCGUAUGUGUUGGUGUGUCUGAAGGUGAAAGUCAACUAUACCGCACUCCCAUCACUUCCCUAAAACACUAUUGAACAACGCCUCUUCCAGCUGAACUCUGGCUCAUUUCCUGCAGGCCUAGAUAUAAAGAUUUGGACAACACCCGCAAAUUAAAAGGGGGAGUGGGUGCGUGUAAGAGGCUGUGUAAGGUCAUGAGGAGGCUUUAAAUAACAAUUUGUGUGUGUUUAUGUGUGUGUGUGUGUGUGUGUGUGUGUGUGUGUGUGUGUGUAAGUAAGAGUGACAUUUGAAGGGUUUAUUGUAUAUUCUAUUUGGGAGGGGAAAAAAAAAAAUCACAUUUUAUUUUCAAGUGUACUUAUGACAGAUGAAAAAACACAGAUUCAGACAUAAUGAAACCAACACAAAACAAAGCAGAAACUCUGCAAAUAUUUGUGUAUAUAUCAAAUAAUGAAGGAAUAUUAGUAAUAUUAAUAACAGAGAUCAUUCUGGAGAGACUUCCAUUAAGCAGCGCUCAAUAACGGUGGUCAUUCUGGCGUUCUUUUGAGGGAUAGUAGGAUUAGUUGUAUUUUUGAUUUCAUGAUGUUUAAAGGGGAAACCGUCAAUGCAUUUUUUUUCUUUAUUCUGUUGAAGUUGUUUGCUUUCCCCGUAUCAGAAUGAAUGAAAAUAUGUUGCUUUUUGUCCUAACAAGGAUGUGUAUUAAUGUUUUUUUUUUUUUUUUUUGUUUUUUGUAAUGUAUCUUCUGACUUAUCCCCUUCUGUUACUUUGUAUAGCAGUAAAAUGGCUUGUAAUUUUACUGUUCUGUUUUUAAUUUGUGUGUAACCAUCAUUCUUUGCAAAUUCUUGUUUUUUUUCUGUUUCAUUAUCUCUCACUUCUAAUGUUUUUGUCAUUCUGUGAGGGUUUUUUUUGUUUUUUUUUCCCCCUCCACCUUUUUUUUUGGUCUCUCUUGGUGUCUCAUGGCACAGAACGGACUGAGUGUAGUAACGCUGCAGGAUGAUGUUGUAAUAAAAUUGGAUUGGAAAAAGGAAA